UUCGGGUGCACCUCCGCUCGGUCUUCGGGCCGGAAGUGAGAAAGGUGGGGCAUGCCUUAAUUCUAGCAGAACUAAGUAGGUCCUGAGGGAGUAAGAAAGGGGAAGAGUGUCUUUGUGACACUGCUAGCAGUGUUGAGGGGAUGGGAGUCUGACGAGGCUCUCGGAGGGACCCAUAUCGCUGAGACACCGCUGGCACUCUGAGGGACGCGUGUCGGUGUGGCACCGGUGCAUGCUGAAGCAGCGAGUGGACCUGGGUGACCAUGGGGAUGUGGGCAUCGGUGGACGCUAUGUGGGACUUCCCUGCGGAGAAGCGAAUCUUCGGGGCGGUGUUGCUCUUUUCCUGGACGGUGUAUCUUUGGGAGACCUUCCUAGCACAGCGGCAGAGAAGGAUAUACAAAACAACUACUCAUGUACCACCAGAAUUAGAACAGAUCAUGGAUUCAGACACAUUUGAGAAAUCUCGACUGUAUCAACUGGAUAAAAGUACAUUCAGCUUCUGGUCAGGACUCUAUUCAGUGGUGGAAAGCACUUUUAUUCUUCUCUUUGGAGGAAUCCCUUACCUCUGGAAACUUUCUGGACGGUUCUGUGGUUCUGCUGGCUUUGGGCCGGAAUAUGAGAUCAUUCAGUCUUUGGUGUUCCUUCUGUUGGCCACACUCUACAGUGCACUGACUGGCUUGCCAUGGAGCAUCUACAAUACUUUUGUGAUAGAAGAAAAGCACGGCUUCAAUCACCAGACUUUGGAGUUUUUUAUGAAAGACACAAUCAAAAAAUUUAUUGUGACUCAAUGUAUUUUAUUGCCUGUGUCUUCUCUUCUGCUUUACAUUAUUAAAAUUGGAGGUGAUUACUUUUUUAUUUAUGCCUGGCUAUUCACAUUAGUUGUUUCUCUGGUUCUGGUCACAAUUUAUGCUGAUUACAUUGCCCCUUUGUUUGACAAAUUCACACCUCUUCCUGAGGGAAAGCUUAAACAAGAAAUUGAAGUGAUGGCAAAGAGUAUUGACUUUCCUCUGACUAAGGUGUACGUUGUUGAAGGAUCUAAGCGCUCUUCCCACAGCAAUGCUUACUUUUACGGCUUCUUCAAGAACAAGAGAAUAGUUUUGUUUGACACUCUACUAGAGGAAUACUCUGUACUAAACAAAGACAAGCAGGAGGAGUCUGGCGUGGAGCCCCGCAAUGAUGGCGAAGGAGACAGUGAAGAGAUCAGAGCUAAAGUGAAAGUGAGUUCUUUUUCCCUCAGAGACCCUGACUCAGUUUUUACACGCAUAAAUUCCUUCCUGUGUUUCUUCUUGUUUGCUGUGCUAAUUGGUCAAAGGGUACUUUUUGCCGCCUUUGGUUUUUAUGACACUCAACCCACUCUGAUUGGACUCUUGAUCAUCUUUCAGUUCAUUUUCUCGCCUUACAAUGAGGUUCUGUCUUUCUGCCUAACUGUCCUGAGCCGCAGGUUUGAGUUUCAGGCCGACGCUUUUGCCAAGAAACUUGGGAUGGCUAAAGACUUAUAUUCUGCUUUGAUCAAGCUAAACAAAGACAACCUGGGCUUCCCGGUUUCUGACUGGCUAUUCUCCACGUGGCACUAUUCACACCCUCCACUACUAGAGAGGCUUCAGGCUCUGAAAGCCACAAAGCGAGACUGAGCCACUGGGGGACUGGACACACUUGGGAUUAUUUCUGGCCCAGCAGCAUGUUCCAGCUCUUGAUGGUUUCAAGUUUUUAAGGAAAAUGAUUAAGUCCAUAAAAGUCCAGAUUUAAAUACAUUUACUAUCUCAUUUCAAAAAUGAUUUUAAUAAUCCAUUUCUUAAAACACUGGAUAAAAAUUUGAGGCUUAAUAUUUUUAAAGCAUAGUCUUAUUUAACAUCUGGUUUACCAUCAGUUUGUAAAAUUAUUUAAGGAAAUGCACAACUUGUUUAUUUCCUCACUAUGUGGAAUCUGCAUUUGGGUGUUCGGGUUGUAUGUUGAAAAGGGAAGACACCACCUCUGAGUAUUUUCUGCAAGACAGAAGCAGAAAGAGGGUUCCAGAUCACUGCAUGUACCUCCGUGGACUGUUUUUACCUCCAUGCUGUUAUGACUUCACCUGGCCAAUCAGUGUUUUAAAUGAGAAAGAAAAGGAAAAACGAGUGAGGCCGAUGCUACUGAAAUAGAAGUUGUUAGUCUGUACUGUACUGUUGUACUCACAAAGCUUUCUGUUCCUUUCUCACACCAAUCAAGAACCCCCUCCCUCUGUCUCUCCCUUCUUUUUUUGAGAUAAGGUCUCACUCUAGCCAUUGGUGUCCCCAGACUUAUUCUUUAGCCUAGCAUGGGUUAGACUUCUCAUCAGGCCUUCUUCCUCAGCCUUCCAAAUGCUGGGGUUUCGGAUGUGAGCCACCACACCCAGUUUAGGAAUUACUAGUGCUUGAAAGUAGAAAUCUUUCAAAUCAUUAAGUUUGGAUUUGCUUUUAAGAAAGUCUUAAUUUUAAGCCAGACUUGAUAGCACUUACCUUUAAUCCCCGUGCUUGAGGCAGAGGCAGGUGGAUCUGUGAGUUGAGGCCAGCCAAGGCUACAUAGUGAGACCCUGUCUGAAGAAAGAGGAAAGAAAGUCAGUCUCAAUUCUUACUGUUUCUCCCACCUGGCCUUACUAGAGGUAAGCUAGCCUUUUCUCAUUCAGUUUUCCCCCAGCAAAUAACAGUACAUCCUUUCACUUAGCAGAAGUUGCCAUAUUAUACACAUUUCCCAAUGUUAAAUGUGGCAGAGUAUGAAAGAAGAGAUGACAUUUGAAAAGACAUAAAGGUGAAAUAUUCAUGAUUCUCUUAUUACAGGAAAAAAUACAGUUUUCUAUCUUUUUUCAAGGACAGAGGUCUCUGCUUUCAUUUUUGUAACCUUUUUAUUCACAAGUCCUAAUUAGAGCAGAUUCCAUGUUUUUAAUUAUAACCCCUUGGUCGUCAGGCAAAUGUUUACUCUCAGAGAUAGCAGCACACAGGAUUUCCAGAGGUAAAAGGUGUGAGCUUGAGUGCUUCCAGUGUCUGUCCUUGUGCUGGGCGAGCACCGUGCUGCGCCCGCCACUCCCACUCAGCGGGCACGUGCCUCUCCUGGGCGUUCACUCCCACUCAGCAGGCGCGUGCCUCUCCUGGGCGUUCGCUCCACAGUGUGCUGGCGGCACUGUGAUCAUCUUGGGCUCCGCUGACGUGAGCGGUGCCUUCACACGGACCAUAAAAGCCCCAAGCUCUAGUUCAGCACUGCAUUGUUUCUUUCCUACAGCUCAGCAGAGCAGCCCACGGCUUCUCUGCAGCAUCCGUUCCUAUGACUUCAUGCUCAGAUAAUUGCCUUUCCUUCCUCUGUGCCUUUAAAUACACCUUUCAGUUCUGCACAAGUGAGACAUUAAAAGUUGCCAAUGCAGAUUUAUGUCCUGA